AUGAAUAGCUAUUUAAUUUUUGAUUUAUCAAUUCAUAGAAUUGUAUUUGUGGGAGUUUUGUUUCCGUCGUUAGCACUUUACAAUUCUGAGAAGUUCUUCAGUGACUAUAUCGCCCUGCUUUUGGUUGACUUGGUCGCAUUAACUCCUCCCUAUAUUCUGAUAAUCUGUGAUAACAAUAUUCGUGACUUAAUUCGAUGUCGUCGUAGAAAAAAAGUGGUUCAUGUGCUACCAAGUGAUAUGAAUUCAACGAUGAAGUAG